AAAUACCGAUUCCGAUUUCCGGUACAAAUUGUAGACAGAAUGGUCCUGAGCCGGUCUCAAUAUUAAUUGAAAUAACAAGACUUUAUACAAAGUUUAAAUUUAUUUUAAUCAGUUUUAUUUAUUAACAUGGCAGAAAAACUAGAGGAUCUUAAUUUACCACUUACAGUUGUGUCCAGAAUUGUGAAAGAAGCCUUACCCGAAGGUGUUUCACUAUCAAAAGAGGCUCGAACGGGCCUCGCAAAAGCUGCAUCUGUUUUCGUUCUCUAUAUUACUUCUGCCGCCACAAAUAUAGUUAAGAAUAGUAAACGGAAAGCGUUAACGGGACAGGAUGUUAUUGAUGCAAUGGCAGAUAUUGAAUUUGACAGAUUUGUUGAACCGUUAAAGGAGACCCUGGAACAAUAUAAGCUGCAGGCUUCAGCUAAGAAAUCGGCUUCAUCUAAAAAGAAAGAUGACGGCGAGGAUGUUGAAAUUAUUGAAGAAGAAUGAUGAAAUUUUAUUAAUUCAUGAAGAUGAACUUAGGACAAUGUUUUUUGUGAAAGUUGAAUUUUUGUCAUGUGGUUAUUAAUAAUUAUUGUUCUUGAUAAAAUUUUAAACAUCA